UGAGAUCUGGGAAAGUCCAGAAGGAAGAUUAUAAAGGGGACACACACUCUCCAUCCCUUUCUCUCACACAGACACACUCACACAAGGAUCUCUUGAUCAAAGAGAUUAUACUCGCAGCAUGCAUCUGAUACUUGGAUCCGUGGGUGUCCUGCUUCCCCUUUCACUCAUCCUGCUCCUGGACAAAGCUCCAGUAGCGAGCAGCACAUAUGUGCCUGUGAGGUGCAAUUGCAUGAAUCUCAUGAAGCAGACGCGAGGGCCCCCACUGGACUUCAGUGUCAGCGAGAAAAAUGCCCACUGCCACACGGACGAGAUCCUGGUGAAGGUCCGAGGCAAUGACAAGCUGCUAUGUCUGAGCCCAACUGGCAGGCAGGGCAAACGCCUGCUGAGAUGCUGGAGGAGGGUGAACAGCCAAGGCAAGGACAAAAAGCAGUGCCUGAGAACCCGUAAGAACCGAAGGAACCGCCAGAACCGCAAGAACCAGAGGAAGACAAAAAAGGCCACAUCUUAGAACCCCAAAUAACUGCUAGAGCCGAGGGAACUCUAGACUGAACAAUUGCAGUCCCUAGCUCUCACUCCCCGCUGCCCCUCCCCACAGCCCCGGUAGUGACGUGGUAACAACUAUGAUGACCUGACAUGCCGGUAUGAGUUGGGUACAUACUACUGAAGAUUUUAGAUGAGUGGCGUGACAUGUUUUAAGAAGCCCCGGAUUUCCCCCCUAAAAUAGGAAGUUGGGUCACACUCCCAUCAACACCCCUGCCCCCCGUCAGGACGGGGCCGAUGGAGCUUGGAACCUCUCAGUAAUACUUAGUGUCCCACUCCACCCUGGGAAGAGGACAGAAAGCAGUCCCUGAGAACCUCAAAGAACCGCAGGAGACGAUGGAACCACAGGACAGAAAGCAGUGCCUGAGAACCUCAAAGAACCGCAGGAGCCGACGGAACCACAGGACAGAAAGCAGUCCCUGAGAACCUCAAAGAACCGCAGGAGUCGACGGAACCACAGGACAGAAAGCAGUGCCUGAGAACCUCAAAGAACCGCAGGAGCUGACGGAACCACAGGACACUGCAUCACACACUCACCAACUGCAUGGUGUGAGUGUGUGUCACACUAAUAUAAUACACAAACACAAACCUGCUUGAAAAAUGGAAAGAGGACGACAGCAGCUCAGGACCCUGCUCUCACACACUCUUACACACACUCUCACACACACUUGCUUGUGUGUGUUUGAUUGUGAAAUAGCACUAGCCAUUGCCUGGCCUUUUAAAGCACAUUCCAAACUGUUGUCACUGAAACAUACAACUUAUUACAGCAAGAACCCACCCUCAGUGCCACUGCUAUUCAGAGGACGAGCAUAGCACACACACACACACACACACACACACAUUGCUCCAUACCAUUUAGAAGAUGAGCAGCACACACACACACACACACAACACAAAACAGCAGGCGACACACAUAGCUUUGGGAGACUGUAUGCCUGCAGACUGUAUUUAUUUAUCAUUUUUUGUACAUCUUUUUCUAAAAAAAAGUUAAUACAAGUUAAUAAAGAUACAAACAAUAA